CUCCAGUGCGAAUGACAAAAAAUGUUUAAACUCUUCGCGAGCUGAGCUAUGGUCACUAUUCUUCUUUGGGGAUAGCCUUGAAUAAUGAGGUAUAUGAAUCAAAUCCAAGAAGCUCACUUGUUCUACGAUUACCACAUGUAGGCUUGUGCUAUUUGUACAUUUUUUUUCGCAAUAUUUGCAUUGACGGGUACUAUGUGUCCUGAAUCUUCACACGCAUCAUGGUACAGGGAGGAGCCGGAAACGAUCAAACCCGCCAUAAGAGAGGUCUUCGAGAAACACAGCAACAUCCAACCCGAGCUCGUCGCAGAGCACAUUAAGCAAGUGCGAGAUAAAGCGUACCAAAUUACCCGCUAUCCAUGCGUUGGAGGAUAUUACUUCCUAGACUUGAAAGCACGAGAGGCACCAUGCUACCCCGAAGUCAAGAAACGUGUUCUGAAUGGAGAGAAACUUCUCGAUAUCGGUUGUUGCUUGGGGCAGGAAAUUCGCAGAAUGGUCGUUGAUGGUAUGCCUGCGGAGAACUUGUAUGGAUGCGAGUUGAAAAUGGAGCUUGUAAAUCUUGGAUACGAAAUGUUUCGUGACAAAGAAUAUCUAUCAUCAAAGUUCGUCGUUGCAAACAUCUUCGAAAUCCCAUCCAAGUUGGAUCAGCUGGAUGGACAAAUCAGUAUAGUCCAUGCUCAAUACUUCUUCCAUCUCUUUACAUGGGACGACCAGUUACGCCUUGCCAACCGGCUAGUCAGGUUAUCUAGACCAGGCUGCGAGUUUCUGAUAUUUGGGGGACAUAUGGGAACGAAUCAGGAGGCUGAAGGGUGCCAUCCCGACAUUGGGAAAUUUUUCAUGCAUAGUGAUGGAAGCUGGAAGCGACUGUGGGAUCAGGUUGGAAGAGAAACAAAGACCUCGUGGGAGGUGGAGACAAAACGACAGCCUACAGACCCGAACCUACUCUGGUUAUGUGGGCCAGAGGCUUAUUUUAUGACGUUUGUGUGCAAAUUUCACUCAAAAAGUACCAUUACUACUAACCACCGCAUCUCACUACCCAAUCACUACCUACCAAGUCAAGCUGAAAACUUUCCUCAGCUAGCCAUCAAUAACUCUACCCCUCACAUUGCAGACACUAAAGUCCCAAUCCCGCUUACCACCCUAAGCAAGUUCUAAUACACCUUCUCAAAAAUAUUCAUUUUAUGCGAACCCCCACAAUUCAAGCUACCUCCCGCACACUUCAUGCUGCAAUGAUUCUCAGGCACGUUUUCGGUCGCGAUCCUGAACGCGUCGCCACAGAAGCAUUCGAUAUAGAACUGGACACCGUAGUACUUGCGGCCCUUGCAGAAUGCCGCGCACAUGUCGCGCGUCAU